AUGGCACAGAAAGGACUUCAACUCGACGAGGACAAAUAUUCUUGUUCCAUCUGUUUGGAUCUGCUGAAGGAUCCGGUGACCAUACCCUGCGGACACAGCUACUGUAUGAGCUGCAUUAGAACCCACUGGGAUGAAGAGGAUCACAAGAAAAUCUACAGCUGCCCCCAGUGCAGGGAGGCUUUCAAAAAGAAGCCUGUUUUGAAGAAAAGCACAAUCUUAGCCGAUUUAGUGGAGGAUCUCAAGAGAACUGGAGUCCGAGCUGAUCCGGAUGACCACUGCUAUGCCGGACCAGGAGAUGUGGCUUGUGAUGUUUGCACUCAAAGGAAGUUGAAGGCUGUUAGGUUUUGUUUAACCUGUCCUGCAUCUUACUGCGAGUAUCACCUCCAACCUCACUAUGACGCUCCACCUUUACAGAAGCAUAAGUUGGUGGACCCUUCCAAGAAGCUCCAGGAGAACAUCUGUCCUCAUCAUGGUGACUCUGAUCACCCUGAUCAGCAGGAUGCCUGCUUUCUCUGUUUGACAGAUGAAAAUAAAGACCAUAAAAAAGAAUCCGGUGCAGCAGAAAUGUCUAGGAAGCAGAAGAAGCUCCUGGUGAGACGGCAGCAAAUCCAGAAGGGAAUCUGGGAUCGGGAGAAGGAAAUGAAGCUGCUUUGGCAGGAGGUGGAGGCCAUCAAUGCUUCAGCUGAUAAAGCAGCGGAGGACAGUGAGAAGAUCUUCACCGAGCUGAUCCGUCUCACCGGGAAAAGAAGCACUGACGUGCAACAGCAAAUCAGAUCCCAACAGGAAAGCGAAGUGAGUCGAGUCAGAGAGCUUCAGGAGAAGCUGGAGCGUGAGAUCACUGAGCUGAAGAAGAAAGAUGCUGAGCUGGAGAAGCUCUCAAACUCAGAUCACAACCGGUUUUUACUCAACUUUUCCUCACUGUCAAUACCCAGUGAUGCGACACACUCAUCCAGCAUCAAAAUACGUCCUCUGAGGUACUUUGAGGAUGUGACAACAGCUGUGUCAGAGCUCAGAGAUAAACUACAGAACAUCCUGAGAGACACAUGGUCAGACAUCUCAGAUGCAGUCGCUGAAGUGGAUGUUUUACUGUCAGAACCAGAACCGAAGACGAGAGCUGGAUUCUUGAAGUAUUCGCAAGAAAUCACUCUGAAUCCAAAUACAGCAAAUAGCCAUUUGUUAUUAUCUGAUGGGAACAGAAAAGCAACAGUACUGAAACAAAAGCAGCUUUACUCUGAUCAUCCAGACCGAUUCACCAGCUGGCUCCAGAUCUUGAGCAGAGAGAGUUUGACGGGACGCUGCUACUGGGAGGUGGAGUGGAAAGGGAGGCGAGUUGACAUUGCAGCUUCAUACAAGUCAAUCAGCAGAGCAGGGAACUUAGAUGAUUGUGAGUUUCGAUCUAACUACAAAUCUUGGUCUUUGUAUUGCGAUAGAAACGGUUACACGUUUUGGCACAACAGAAUAAAAACUCCGGUUUCAGGUCCCGUUUCCUCCAGAGUAGGAGUGUACCUGGACCACAGAGCAGGUACUAUGUCGUUCUACAGCGUCUCUGGAACCAUGACUCUCCUCCACAGAGUUCAGGCCACAUUCACUGAGCCGCUCCUCGCUGGAGUUGGGUUUUAUAAGGACGGGAUUUCCGCUGAGUUGCUGAAACUGAACUAGUCCAAAGGGACUUGAGCUCAUUGUGCCAUUUCUUGUGUCACUCCUCUGAGAUGAACUCUUUAGGGUGCAAUGUGAUGAUCAUUUUUGUGGUUUUAUGUCGGUGGAGUUUGUUUAGGUAUCGUUCCGUGUUGUUUCUGCUCACAUAGAUGAUCACUGCUAAGAAGGAUAUUUAUUCACUAAACACACAUUCUUACAUAAUUCAGUCUUAGCCAGUAAAAUUGUAAAGUGAUGACAUUUAAAGCAGAGGAGUCCUGGUGGGUUUCUAAGCUGGAGUAUGACGCCUGGGUGAAUCAUCUUCUGUGCAGCAACCUUAAAUCAAUGUCAUGCCCCACAUGUUUAUGCCUCAUGUGUCACCUAAACAUAUCCUAACUCAUGUUAAUAUUCCUUAAUAAGCAAGAAAAAAGUUGAACAUUCCCUCAUUACAUGCUUGAGAAAAGCAACAAAACUGCUUUUUUCUGACACCAGAAUUAUGGUGUCGGGAGAAAAGCAAUUGCCGCUCCUUUUCUAGUCAUAUUCAAGUGUCUGCCAAGUGCAUUGUUUCUUCUUAAACCGAUCCUGCCUGAAGCAAACUGUUUUACUUACACUGGCUCAGGAACAAACACCUCUGAGGAGACAUUUAUCCUUCAGCAAUUUCUAUCUUUACAGGCCAUCAAGCUGGCAGAUCAACAUAAUGCACCUUCCUUUGAUGGGUGUGAUUUCCUCUCAUAGAACUUAUGUAAACGUAGAUUAUCUCUGGUACAGUGAAAUUUGCAGUGCCUGAAUAUUUUUUAGAGAAUUUUAAGAAAAGAAUCCUCUUGUUUAUCAUCUACAUUGCACGUUGUAUAAAGUUUAUUUAUCUUGGAUACUAGAAACUGGUGGAAGAGUCCAACAGGAGGCUCCAAAGAGGCCGAUGAUGACACUGAAGGAACAGCGAGGAUUUCUAAACAGGCCUUGUGUUGCAUUUCUACAUGCGGUAAUAAUCUACAUGCCAAAAUAAAAAAUAUAUAGAAUGAAGAUCUUCUAAAACCUUAGUAUUGAUGUGUAUUAUAGUGAGAAAAAGUUCAAAUUUAGGCCACAGUGAAAUUUGGUGGUGGCAGCAUCAUUCUCUGGGGUUCCUUUUCUUCAACUGAAACUGUAUUUUUGUCAAAGUGAAUUAUGUCAACAUGUGAUAUGUCAACAGACCCCCAGACAAGAAAACUAGAACAUGAAGAUGAAUCAAAAGAGUCUUGUCUGUUUAUUAAAGGGUGGGUCUGUAUGUAUCCAACGAGGAUGUUGAACCUUUGGUUUUCAGUCUGUUUUUACUUUUGUCUUUUUGUAAAUGGGAAUAAAUGU